AUGUCUGCACCCAAGAACAUGGACAAACAGGUCGCGCCACUGGACUUCUUUCCAUUUCGCGGCCAGUGCGGGCCACACAACACCGGCGGCUCCCUCUUCCUCGGCGUCCGUGCGCUUGUCAUCGGCUCCAUGUUUCCGGGCCCCGUGAACAUUCCGGGCGCCUCUGAGGCUGCCCUCGGGUUCCUGACCGAAGACGUCUUUGGUUUCGCAUUGCCCUAUGCAACCGUCGCCUUUACCGGCCUGCUGCUGUCGUCGGCCGCCUUUGCGCUCUAUAAUCUUGUCUGGCGGCGCGAGCGGCUGCCCCUGAAGAGCCAAGGCGGCGCCAUCCAGAUCGCCACCCAGGUCAAUCUCGUGGACCUGAUCCACACAUUGGCGCUCGCCUUUUCACUCUCGCGGAACCGGUCAUGGUCGCCAGCGACAGCCCAAUGGAUGCCUCUCCUCUUUGCCGUCGGCCUCGCGCUCCACCAGUGGGCUGACGGCGCCAAAUAUGUUGUUAAGUCGACGCGCGGCAACGACGGCAAGCUCUGCACCCGUGGCGUCUGGUCGCUCUUCUGCGGUGGCUGGUACCUGAAUGGGAUGCUGGCGCUGAGUCUCGUCUAUGUCUUCGUCACGACCAGUUUCCCGACCUCGGAGCGCUACCUUGCGACCAAGUACAAGCAGCAGUGGACGCAGUACUGUCAGCAGACACGGUCAAAGAUCCUCCCUUUUGUGUACUAG